AUAGAUAAAAUUAAAAAUAAUAAAGCUAAAUCAUUAAAAAAAAAACAACAACAACAACAGCAACAACAACAACAACAACAAAGAAAUAAUACAGAGCAACCAAAAAAGAGCAAUAAUAGUUUAAUUAAUAAUAUAAAUAACAUUAAAAAUAAUAUAAAUGAUAAAGAAAUAAAUAACCAACAUCAACAACAACAAAAACAACAAGAUAGUGAAGAAAAUGAAUUAAUAAAAAAAAAGAAAUUAUUUGAAUCGGUUAUUUCAAAUGAAGCAAAACCAUUAUUUAAUAGAAAUAUUAAGUUUAAAGAAGCAGAGAUUCAAGAGGAUAAUCAAUUAAAAUUAAAAUAUAAACCAAUAAAUAAUAUAAAUGCAGUUACAACAGCCUCCAAAAAAUUAUUAGAACUUAAACAAAAGCAACAACAACAAAAGAAACAAGAAUUGGAUGAAGAGGAUGACGACAAUGUCUUAGCAAAACCAAAAAAAGUUAUAUUCAAACCAGAGGAAUUACACCCAUUAAUGAAAUGGAGAUCAAUUACAAAGAUUGGAGCAGGUUUAAAUAAUAUCGGUAAUACAUGUUUUAUGAAUUCAGUUCUCCAAUGCCUCACCUAUUCACCAACAUUAGCAAACUAUAUGAUCUCACGUGAACAUAGCAAAAACUGCACUAAUAAAAGUUUCUGCAUUUUCUGUUCAUUAGAAGAGCAUAUUAUUGCAAGUCACAAGGCAACCGGUAGAUCCAUAACUCCAAAAGAAAUUGCAGCAAAUAUAAGAAAGGUUGCACCAACAUUUAGAAUUGGUCGUCAAGAAGAUUCCCACGAGUUUAUUCGUUUCGUAAUCGAAUCUCUUCAAAAAGUUUGUCUUUCCAAGUUCCCAAAAGGCUCAAUAAGUCAUCGUGAUUCAAUGACUACAGUAAUUGGUUCAAUUUUUGGUGGUUAUCUUAGAAGUCAAGUUAAGUGCUCAGUUUGCCAAUAUGAAUCAAAUACAUUCGACCCAUUUAUGGAUUUAUGUGUAGAUAUCAAUCAGGCAGAUUCUUUAACUAAAGGACUUCAAAACUUUGUUAAAUCCGAAAUUCUCGACGGUUCAAAUCGUUAUAAAUGUUCAAAAUGUAAAAAGCUGGUUAAGGCAGCAAAACGUUUACAAAUUCAUAUCUCUCCACCAAUUUUAACUGUCCAAAUUAAACGUUUCUCAUUUUUAGGUUCAUAUGGUGGUAAAGUUAAUAAACAUAUUCAAUUUGAACAAACCUUAAACCUUUCACCAUAUAUGACACAGGCAAAUGAUCAUUCAAUCUACGAUUUAUAUGCUGUAUUGGUUCAUUUAGGUGGCAGCACAAAUUCAGGUCAUUAUUAUUGUUAUGUUAAAGGUACAAAUGGAAUUUGGUAUAAUAUGGAUGAUUCAAUGGUUUCACAAGUUAGUUUACAAACUGUUUUAGGUUCAAAGGCCUAUAUGUUAUUCUAUUCAAAGAGAGAUACUGAAAGAUCCAUUAACACAAACACAGUUAUCCCAAGAAAUAUAGUUGGCCAAAAGAGAAAAUUAGAUGAAGAGAAAUCACCAGUAUUAAAUGGUUCUAAACCAACCAACACAGCUACAUCAUCAGUAAAAGUUGAACCAGCACCAGCCCCAAUUAAAAAAUCACCAGUAUUAAAUGGUACCAAAACAGCUACCACAACAUCAGAACCAAAGAAAACAUCACCAGUAUUAAAUGGUGCUAAAUCAUCAUCAAUUGCAUCAUCAGCAGCUGCACCAGAAAUCAAAAAAUCACCAUUAUUAAACGGUGCUAAAUCAGCUUCACCACCAUUAAAGUCAUUCUCUCUUGGUGGUGACGAUGAACCAUUAUCACAAAGACCAGACGACAGCGACGAUGAAAGUGACAACUAUGACGACUCUUCAUUAUCAUCUUUAUCACCACCAUCCUCAGAAUCAGAAUCUAGCAACAGUGACAAUAGUAAUAAUAAUUCACCAUCAUUAAAACCAUCCUCAAUUUUAGAAAAAAUAUUAAAAUCACAACCAGCCACCAAACAACAACAACAAAAAGAAUUAGAAUGGGAUAAACCAAGAUACGCCGAGGAAGACGAACAAUUAAAAAAAUUAAAUGAUAAAAAGAAAUUAAAAUCAAUUAACAAUGCUAAACAAUUAAAAGAAAAUUCAAAAGUUAAAGAAGAAAACCAAUUCCACUUCAAUGUCGGUAAAUGGGACGAUGAUGAUGUUAAUCCAGAAUUUAAAGAAGCUCAAAAAGAACUCUUAAAGGAUGAACAAAUAAAAGAGUUAGUUCACGAAAAAGAUGAACACAAUAAACAUUUCGAUCAAGGUAGAGUUAAAAAAGUUAAAGUAAAGAAAUCACUUAAUCCAGACUCUGUAAACCAAUUUAGCAUUCAAACUCAAAAAUUAAAACAACAUAAAGAAAAUCAAUUAAAAUUUGGAGAUAAUUAUAAUAUAAAA